UUGAGGAUACAAAACAAAAGUUUUGUUGUUGUUCCAGUAUUUUACAUUUUUGGAACAUCGCUGAGCCUAUUCCCUGCCUACCUGCAGCAACAGUUUUCACCAAAACACACUCACAUAUGUAUGACAGUCACAAUAACAACAACAUUGCCGAUAUUUUGAACCCAGAUUACAUCGAUGGACUGCCAACAAAGAAGAUGAUAGUUGGUUCCUUUCUUAUGUUUGUGAUAUUCUCAUAUUUAAAAUUACUAUACAUACUCGUGGCACUCUAUUUGGCGCUGCAUUACGCACACUGAAAGGAAAAGAGCG